AUGGACUACAUCAUGAAGCGGGAAGCCAUGACCAAGCUGUUCUUUGGAUUUCCGCACGACCUCAUUCGUCUGAACAUGCUCUUUGGCCCCUACGGUCGCAGUUUCAGUGGGAAGGACUACCUCGCAAGCGUACUUGACCUCUACACACAGCGCAUUCGCAGGGUGCAGGUAUCCAAUCCUCGCGCAGAGGACACUCCACUGGGGCGAGAGAGCUUGAUGGGUGAAGCUUUGCAGGUAGAUGACUUUGUGAAAGUGGCAGAGAUCGGCCAGCAUCCGCUGCCCCCCUAUCCGAUCCAGGAACACUCCGAGCAGGUGUUCAUAGUCGGAGGUCACCAGUCUCUGUCUCGCCUGGUGGAGAAGUACCUGGGUGAGACUCUCAACAAGCAGUAUCGGGUCAGCAAUUGGAACUUCCGCCCCUUGAGUACCGCACAGGUCAUCUAUGCUGCCACAGAUGCGCACGUCCUUCUGCGGCUGGAGUCUGCCCUGCGCGAGCAGCAGGUGUUGCCGCAGCGCACCUGGGGGGUGUCUGCUCGGGCGCGGCGCCCAAGCGAAACAGAAGUAGCAGAAGCCUCUCCGGCGCUCAUGCGCUGGUCAAGGGUCUUGAGCUCUCUGGGGAACAGAGCUCUAUCACAAGCAGUUUCUGCCGUGGAUGUAGAUUUCAUUGUUGGGAGCCUGCUCCUGGCAUCGGUGCUUUGUUGUUUUUUGUUUACUUUCCUUCGAAUGUUCAUUUCCUAUUGA